CCAGUGGAUUGACUGUUGCUUAGGGAAUUUGUUUGUGAGUGAUCCCAACCGUUUUUUACCACUAGAAUUUGAGGCUGGCCCGGUAGCUGAGCAGUGCUAUGUGCCAUUCACAAGCAGGAGAGACAAGUGAUAACCACGAUUUGGAAAGGAAGGCUUUGUCAGUCAGACAACCUUACAUGGGUUUUUUUUCAGUGGUAAGAGUCGUCGAGUACAGGAUGUGCAGGUCUGUCCCAAGGAAGCCCACAGGACACACCUGCACUACAGACUUCACGUGAACUUGGAACUAGGAACGCUGUGAGGAUGGAGAGGAUUUAUCCAGGUGCAGCUUCUGUAGCUGGAUGAUUGUCAGACAUUACAGAUUGCUGAAGGGAUGAGCUCAGAGUGCUAAUCCAGGGAAACCACCACAUGCUUUGUUUUAAGGACCAGACUGAUGUGGGGCUGUGUGAUACAUUUCCUUCGCAAGAAGAUGCAACACUGGAACAAAGCUUUUGAACCUGUUGGACACCAAUCAAACCCACCAGCCAGGCACAAGUCUCAGAUCACUCUCUAUGAAGGCAACUGCUUCACAGGCAGAAAGCUGGAUGUCUGCGGCAGCUGCAGCAGCUUCCAGGACCGAGGUUUCCUCAACCGAGUCAACUCCAUCAGUGUCCAGAGUGGAGCCUGGGUCUGCUUUGAUCACCCCAACUUCCGAGGGCAGCAGUACGUCCUGGAGCACGGCGAGUACCCCGAUUUCUAUCGCUGGAACGGCCGCAGCGACCACCUGGGCUCCUGCCGGCCCGUUGGGAUGCACGGUGAGAAUUACAGGAUCGAAAUCUUUGAGGGAAGGCAUUUUAGUGGUCCCAGCCUCGAGCUGACAGAAGAUUGCUCCUUCCUGCAAGGACAAGGCUGGGACAAGACCUGCAUCAACGCCCUCAAAGUGUACGGUGACGGCGCUUGUGUUUUCACUGCAAGUGUGCUGGGAGCAGAGGAAUGCCAUAAAAUCAUCCCAGAACCAGGCAGAGGGUGGCUGGAGCGAAGCACAGGGCAGAGGGAAGCCCCUGCGGAGGAGAACAGGAUAAAGGUCACCCCAGCCCGUGACAUCCUGACAGCGAAUGUCCUGCAGGACCCUUUCUGACUCAGCUGAGAAGUCUCCUCUCCCAAAAAAACAGACCUAUGAUCAGGCAAUGGUGGUUCAUUAAUUCAAAGGGGCAGAGCUACCAGCUCCAGAUGGGAAGAAAUGGCUGGAGCCCACUGGGAAUCCCGUUAGUUCUGAGCAUUUGAAGCAAAAGGCAUUUUGAGUACCAACACUAUAAAGCCACAAGAGAGCCUGUGAGUACUCUGGAAAGAGUUUUAGGGCCAAUUAUUUACCACACGUGUCCCUGUGGCGGAGCCUGGAGCUUGAGAAAUUGGGAAGCUGCCCAGAAACUUUCAAGCACUUAAAUUUUUCAGAUUGAUUUCCCCCCUCCCCUGCAAAAUAUCUAAGGGUCAGAAAGCUUGCUUUCCUUCGCAUGGGAGCCUGGACUGUUUAUGUUAACAUUAUAUGACUUCUCAAAGGCUUUGAGUAGCAAUAAAAAAAGAGAGAAACAAGUAAAACCCUGAGAAGAGCGUGGUGAGGAGACUCGCUGAAUUUUACAGCGUUAUGUUCAGCCCCUGGGAAGACGGUUGUUGCAAGUGUGUGGAAGGGUCUGUAAAGGCCAUUAAAAGGCAAGAUGGUGCAGAGGGACCUGCUAGCCCCGGGCUGCUGGAGGAGGGAGGAAGGGAGGGAGGGAAGGAGGAGGUACUGCAGCAGAGAGGGACCCUACGGCACCACUUUUCUCCUUCAAUUGAGGCCCAAGUGACCAGGUGCAACUGGUGCCAGACUCAGCCUGGCAAAGCCCUCCCAAGACCAAUCCGCAGCCAUUCGGGGAGCAGAGGAGAUGGGGUCACCAGGGCCAGGGGAGUUUCAGCCACAGGCUGUCUCCAGCACAUCCCCAGACUGAAAGCAGGCCUGGCUUACUCUGC